UUAAAGUUUUGAUUAUAUGUAUAUCGGAAGAUCCUUUUGGGGAAAAAAGUUCGGAUAAAUUCUUUUAAAAAGACUUAUUACGAGAUUUUUGAGAAACAAACAAGCAAGAUUGAGAAUCCCUCUACAACUUUUUCAUAUAAAAUGUUUUCGCUCAAUUGUUUCUUAUAAAUUAGCGCCGCUGCGAAGUUUUUAUUGAAGGAUUUGGUUUUCUAAACUUGCCUUCGACUACUUUACUCUGCUGUUGUCUCACGCCUAAUGCUACGACAACCGAUCCAUCUGUUUCAUUCCACCAAUAACAACCGACCCUCAGGUGUUCGACGAAAUGUCAAACCGAGUUUUCAUGAAAAAGGGGUUUCUGACUCUAAUGGGCACUCGCUUUGUAAACUUUCUAACCAAACAAAAGCAACAACAAGCACUCUGUGUACUCAUUUCCGUUAGAUCAAAAACAACAUCUAUCCAAUAUGUAGAAUCGCGAUAUAGAGACCCCACUUUUGAGAAAUUCAUGGAAAAGUAUAAGAAUCUUCUCAAAGUCAUUGCCAUUCAAGACCUUAUCCUUGCUAACCCCAAAAAUCAAUCGGUUUCUGUUGAUUUCCUCUCCAAUCUCUCCCAGAAGCUCCACCUCAACCGCGGCGCCACUGCCUUCCUUCGCAAGUUUCCUCAUAUCUUCCACAUUUACUAUGAACCUUCCAAGUUGCAGCCAUUUUGCAGGUUAACGGAUGCUGCUCUUGAUGUCUCACGCCUUGAAGCUGAGGCUAUUAAUGCUUCUUUGCCUCUUGUUGUUGAAAGACUUGUUCGGAUAUUGUCCAUGUCUGCUUCCAAAACUGUUCCUCUUAGAGCUAUUUUCAAGGUAUGGAGGGAGCUUGGUCUUCCUGAUGAUUUUGAGGACUCGGUUAUAGCUGGGAAUCCUAGUGUUUUUCAGCUUUGUGAUGCAGAUGAACUAAAUACUCAUUUGUUGAAGCUGGUUGGUGAUGUUCCCAGCAAUGGUUUUAGAGCUUCUGUUGAAGAUUGGAGGGUUGUUGAGUGUUGUAAAGAGGAGUGCAAUGUUAAUAGCAUAGAAAUGCAGUAUAGUUUCAAACAUGCGUAUCCUCCAGGGAUGAGGUUGAGCAAGAACUUCAGAGCCAAAGUGAAGGAAUGGCAGAGUUUGCCUUAUAUGGGGCCUUAUGAGAUGGUUAGUGAGAAGAAGAAGACGUCAAAGGCUGGAAUGAUGGCGAUGGAGAAACGAGCGGUCUCCAUUGUUCACGAGUUUCUGAGUUUGACAGUGGAGAAGAUGGUGGAAGUUGAGAAGAUAAGCCAAUUUAGAAAAUGGUUUGGGAUUGAUUUAAAUAUAAGGGAUCUGUUCUUGGAUCACCCGGGAAUCUUCUAUUUGUCAACUAAGGGUAAAAGGCACACUGUUUUCCUGAGGGAAGCUUAUGAACGAGGGUGUUUGAGACAGCCAAAUCCUGUUUAUGAUGCAAGGAGAAAGCUACUUGAUCUUGUUGCUUUAGAACGUCGGGGUUUACCUGCUGUUAAUUCCAAGUUGCAGGACAAAAGCAGUAGCAACGAGGUUGAACAAGGGGAUAACAUGCAAAGCCGUGAUAUUUUAUCAUCAUUUGACUAGUUUUCAUGAAUCAUGAUAACAUUUUUGCUAUUAGUUGUACAACAAUACAAUUCAGCUGGUGUGUAGUGUCACUGUAAAGACUAAAGAGGUGUAUUGUGAAUUUCAGAACAAGUUUGCUUGAAGUUGAUUUCAUUUUGAGUUUAAAAUGCAUUAUAUGUGUUUAUUUUUUCUAAAGCUAUUUGUCUUGUAUAAUGUAUAUCAUUCCCCCUUUUCUAAUUUUGUGAUCAAUGAACAUUUCUGUUCAAAUAGAAUGUAUUUCAAUAUUUUAUUACACUCAUCUCUGAAUAGGCAUAAGUAAUAUAUGCUGAGAAUACAGUACAGGGGAAGCUGACAGUGCAAGACAUGAAUGUUAUGCUGGCAUUUCGCCUUCAAAAAUAGUCAAGAAACAUCAGUUGGAGUUAGCUCCCAGCUAUCACCACCUCUACCUUUGGUUGUGUAGAUGUUUUAUACUGGGUUAUAUGAUUGUUAACUACUUGGUAGGAAGACAGUUUUAAAUAAAUAUUUUAUUUAUUUGAUUCUGUGUACUAAUUUUGGUUAUAUAUAUAUUCUCAUUCUGAUUUAUUUGUUUCCUUUAUUUCUAGAGGGUCACUGUUCUUUUGGAUUGGUGUUGGUGCUGGGAUUUCUGCCCUAUUUUCAUUCCUGAGAAGUAGCUACAAGAUUGAAGAUGAGCUCCACUUUAUUGCAAGUAGGGGUGGUAAAAUGGGUUUACCCGUCAUUUUUGGCGGGCCGUGCCUGGAUUUUGUACCCGCGUAUUUAUGUAUGUUCGUCCCGCCCCGCCCCACAAAAAAUGGGGCGGGCCUAGGGCGGUCGCGGUCAGCCCGCGGGCGGGUAUAAGUUAAGAACAAAUAAUCUUAGGCCCAUCCAUACCAAAAUUAGGGUUACAUUGAUCUCUCAUCUCUUCGUCAAACUGAAUUAUUCUCUGGAAAUUACAUCUAUCUCUUCAUCAGCCUCACAAACGGUUUCACUCUCCAGUCUCACCUCUCUCUUCGUCGAUAUGGCCUCUCUCUUUGUCGGUCACACGGUUCAGGUAAUUUUCAGCUUUCUCUUCGUCGACCACAUAGAUGAAAUUUCUGAAUUUUGUUUUUGAUAAAAUAAAUUAAAGAAAAUAACUACUACAAAAGUAUAAUGGCGGAUUGGGGUCCAGUGGUGGUGAUAGCAGAAUUUCGGUUAUUGGUUGGUUGAGAAACGGUUAGAGGUGAAGAAUUCAAGUUAUGGGGUUUGUUAGCAGGGAAGUUGGAGUGACGUUAGUUAAUGUUGGUUGAAGAGUUGGUUCAAUCUUUUUUCUUUGAGAAUCAGUUUUUUCAUUAUGAUUUUGUUGAAGUUGGAGGUUCAUUUUCUACGGGCUCUGUUUUGUUAUGCAGGGUGUAGAGGGUUCGAAGAAGAGGUUAGAGGAAAGUUUGGGAUUUGGUUCUAUGGGGUGUUCUGUUAAAGGUAACAGGUUGGAGAGAAAAUAGAGAUUCUAUUAUGGUUGAGGAAGAUUGGAAGAGAACUCAUUCUGUUCAUUUGCGGUUCAGCUUUUGAAGAGAGUUUUGUGCCGGGUUUUUUUGUUCAUUUUUCAAUUUCAUUUUCGGUUAUAACAGUUGGGAGAUUAAGAGGUUAGUUAUCGAUUCAGUUGCGGUUCAGUUACAAGGGUUGUUAUCACAGUUGAGGGUUUUUGACAGUUGGGAUUCAGUUAACUAUAUGGUGAUUCUGUUACGACAGUUGCUAAGUCCAGGUAGUUUAAGAAGUAUCGAGUUGUCAGGUAGCUUAAGAAGUCUUUCUAAGUAUCGAGUUGUUUUUGAUUUUGUGUUGCUAAGUCCAGGUAGCUUAAGAAGUCCUUCUAAGAUCUGCAACAGGUAGCUUAACAGGUAGCUUAAAGGCAAAAUCAAAAACAAAAUAUAAACACCAAAACAGUAGAAUAUCAUUACUUCAUCUGCAACAGGUAGCUUAAAGGCUUUCCAAUCAAACUAACUAGACUUCCCAAUGCACAUGGCUGAAACCGCAAUCGCAACAGGUAGCUUUUGAUGUUUCAAACUAACAAGUAGCUUAACAGGUAGCUUAAAGGCUUCCCAAUGCACAUGGUUGAACCUGAAACCGCAAUCGCAACAUUCAAUAGUGUUUUCUGCAACAGUUUUUGUGUUUUUUUUUAAAACCUUGUCCUCUAUGUAAUGGUUGCAUUAGAUAUGUUCAUUUUGGAAAUUCAAACUAACUAGACUAUAGUUUUGAAAUUAGUGAAGGCAGAGUGUGAUAGAAUGUGGGAAUUUGGAUAGGUAAUGUGCAGGGAUUAUGUAAAAGAAAAAAGAGAAUUUAUCAAAACCAUUGCAAAGGACAUAAAUCUUUCUGACCUCUCUAAAAUGAAUUUUCUGUUGUGCUUAAUACAGGUAAAAAAAUUAACUAUACAUUUAUGAUAUAGAAUGUUUUCCGGUAUCAUUAAUUUUCAGUCCAGUUUCUAUUAUUUGAAUCAAAAUAAACUAACUAUACAUAAUGUUGAAAUAAAGUUCAUAAUGUUGAUAUAAAGUUUCUAUUAUUUUGGUUGUUUGGGUUUGUUUGGUGCAUUUAUAAUUGGAAGAUUAAGAUUGCAUGUUUUAUAAUGUUAUUUUAAUUUCUAUUAUUUGGAUACAUAGGUGAUAAAUGAAAUGGAUUCAGAAACCGUUGGUAAUGAAAUUGUAGAUGAAGUGAAUGUGGUUGAUUUAGAGAAUAAAACAAUUCAAGGCGUAAAUGAACUAAGAAGAAUUGAAGAUGAUGUUUUAUAAUGUUUUACCUAAGCUACCCGUUGCAGAUGAAGUAAUGAUAUUCUACUAUUUUGGUGUUUAUAUUUUGUUUUUGAUUUUGCCUUUAAACUACCUUUAAGCUACCUGUCAAGCUACCUGUUGCAGAUCUUAGAAGGACUUCUUAAGCUACCUGGACUUAGCAACACAAAAUCAAAAACAACUCGAUACUUAGAAGGACUUCUUAAGCUACCUGGACUUAGCAACUGUCGUAACAGAAUCACCAUAUAGUUAACUGAAUCCCAACUGUCAAAAACCCUCAACUGUGAUAACAACCCUUGUAACUGAACCGCAACUGAAUCGAUAACUAACCUCUUAAUCUCCCAACUGUUAUAACCGAAAAUGAAAUUGAAAAAUGAACAAAAAAACCCGGCACAAAACUCUCUUCAAAAGCUGAACCGCAAAUGAACAGAAUGAGUUCUCUUCCAAUCUUCCUCAACCAUAAUAGAAUCUCUAAUUUCUCUCCAACCUGUUACCUUUAACAGAACACCCCAUAGAACCAAAUCCCAAACUUUCCUCUAACCUCUUCUUCGAACCCUCUACACCCUGCAUAACAAAACAGAGUCAGUAGAAAAUGAACCUCCAACUUCAACAAAAUCAUAAUGAAAAAACUGAUUCUCAAAGAAAAAAGAUUGAACCAACUCUUCAACCAACAUUAACUAACUUCCCUGCUAACAAAUCCCAUAAAUCCCAUAACUUGAAUUCUUCACCUCUAACCGUUUCUCAACCAACCAAUAACCGAAAUUCUGCUAUCACCAUCACUGUAACCCUAAUUUUGGUAUGGAUGGGCCUAAGAUUAUUUGUUCUUAACUUAUACCCACCUGCGGGCCGACCGCGACCGCCCUAGGCCCGCCCCAUUUUUUUGUGGGGCGGGGCAGGGCAAACAUACAUAAAUACGCAGGUACAAAAUCCAGGCCCGGCCCGCCAAAAAUGACGGGUAAAACGGGCAUGGCCCGCGGACCGGACCCAUUUUGCCACCCCUAAUAGUGACAUUGUGUCCUCUACAAAAAAGCCGCUCUAUUUUUCUACCUGAAGGAGAGAAUGUGAUCAUCAGCAUGACAGUGAGGUGGGGCAUGGCAUGCUUGGUUCCAAUAUUGUUCUUCACAUGAAACCUGUUGUCACCGCAGCUGCAUCACAUAAAUAGUUCCACUUAAUCUUCUAUCAUUAAUAAAUUUGUUAGUUUGACAUUCCUCCUGGUUGGUGCAACUAAGGUUUAUGUAAACACUCUUUUUUC